AUGAAAGAAAUUGAAAAAAGAGCCAAAGAGACAGAGAGAAGAAAACAACUCAACAUAUUGUGCUCCAGGUCAGCUCUGUUGUUGUCUGUAGUGAGUUGUAUCGCACUGAUCCACGUUGAACUCAGAAUGCAGGAACAUCACCGACUGAUUUCACACUCAGUAACAAGCUGUGAUCAGAUGGAGACAGAAAUACUCCGAAAAUUACAAACACACAAUUACAACAACUGGCAAGCUACGAAGGAAAGCCAUUUAGGAGGUGAUUCGCAAGAGACACGAGGUAUUAAAUGGCGUCAGUUAUUAUUUUUGUCAUUUUGCACUGCAAUUAUCGUGUCCCUUGGUGGUGAGAGCUACCAAACCAGCUUCGAAAUCCUCAAAUAGAUCUUAGUAAAAGGUUAUCCAUCGCGAGGUAAAGUUUUUUCGUCACUCAGGUUUAUAGACAAUUCAUGCUCUGGCUAUUUUCAUCCCUGCUUCCAUAAUCUUUGUUUAUGAUGUUUUUUCUUGCACUGUGAACCAUCAUACAAUCUGCACAUGCCAUAAUACAAAUGUCAUGUGUCUGCCCAACUGAAUUAUAACUUUCGCUAUGUUUGUAAUCAGCAGAUCGACAAGAAGCCUUGUCAAGAAUAAAGCGAGCUUCACCACAAAAUUCGCAACAGAAUCGUAUCCAAACGGUUUCUGCAGUAAAACGGAUCAUCAAAGAAGAGCUUCGUUUGCUGAAAAACCAAAUCUGUGCUAAAGAUGAAACAGUUUGCCGGUCAGGACCAAAAGGGAACACUGGACGACGGGGAAAACCGGGAAACCGAGGAAGACCAGGCCCCCCGGGGAGACCCGGGCCAGAAGGACCGCCUGGUAAACACGGACCCAUAGGGCCUCAAGGACCGAUGGGUUUAAAAGGAGAUCUCGGAGUGCCGGGUGACCAGGGUCCCGCGGGACCAAGGGGCCAGUCGGGACAGAAGGGCGUCAAAGGUGAACCAGGGAAGUCCAUCUCCAUUCCUUCUUUGCUGCAGCGACCUGUUGGAACGACAGUUAAUGAAAGUCAGACAGCCAUCUUAAAAUGUGUAGCAGACGGUAAUCCAACUCCACAGGUCACGUGGUCUAAGCUGAAUUCAUCGCUUCCCAUUGGACGUCACGUGACUACCAGUAGCGCUCUUAUUGUGACGGACGUUAGACCAGACGACGAUGGAGUUUACAGAUGUAGAGCUGACAACUUGCUGGGCAGCAUCAACGCUACGGCAAAACUAACUGUUCAGAGUAAGUAAGUGAAUAAAUAUUGCUUACACUCCCUGUAACUUGUAACGACGAAUUUUAAUCCAACGAAAGCACCUGUUAAACCUGUGUCGUCCAAGCUUGGUUCUAAUUAUUCUUAUUAAUAUCAUUGUUGUCUCUAACUUUUGUAAACCGUAAAGCAAACAAGUGAACACAACGAGUUUGGAGCAUUUCCUGAAUGAGCUCCAUAUCAUAUUAAAUGAUUUUUAAAAUAGACCUGAAAUUAUUUCAAUCUGAUAACACUUUUUUUUUGCGCUUUUCUAAAGCUGGCCCAAAAGUGUUCUUAUCAUCCAAUCGACUAAUGGCUGAAGAGAAACAAAAUGUCACUAUCGCCUGCAAUGCUUCUGGUCAGCCACAACCAAGCAUCACGUGGUUUAAGUCAGUUGGUAGUUUGCCACAGGAAAGAGCUAAAGUAAAGAAUGGAGCACUGACAAUUUAUGACGUUAGAAGAAACGACGGUGGAAUAUACAUUUGUACAGCAAACAAUAUUUUGGGGUCAGCGUCGGCGAUGUCGUUAGUUGUGAUAUUUCCUCCUCUUCGAUUCAAGCUCAUACCUCCAAAAGAGGUGACUCCUGAUAGGUUUGGUUCAACCGUACUUCUACCAUGUUCAUCAGAGAGCGACCUAAGAACGAAAAUUACCUGGACAAAGGAUGGCAAGUCUUCUCUUCCUGCUGACACUUAUUUUCUACCCAAUGGGACAAUGGUUCUCUUAAACAUUAAAAGAUCACACGUAGGAUCUUACAUAUGUAGGGCAACUAAUGCUUUAUCUACAAUAGAAGCUAAAGUUAAAAUCAACUCUCCACGUUUUGUAGGUACUUCAUGUUCAGUGAUACGAAAAGACGUCGGCAGUGUAAACGGAAAUUACGUCAUUGAUCCAGAUGGCGAGGGAGGCCAGGCACCAUUCACAGUCUUCUGUGACAUGACUGAUAAGAGUGGAGUUGGCGUGACAGUAAUAGGUCACGACAGUGAAAGCAGAACACAUGUGAAUGGAUAUAGCGGUAAAGGUGGUUACUCACGUGACAUUCAUUACACAGGAGCAAGUCUGUCUCAGCUGGCGAGUCUCACCCGAGUCUCUUCACACUGUGAACAGUUUAUUAAGUAUGAGUGUUAUCACUCAGUUUUGCUUUACAAUAGAGAUCCAUACGGAUGGUGGGUGUCACGUGAUUCUACUAAGAUGACGUACUGGGGCGGGGCGUCUAUCAGCGGCAAGUGCGCAUGCAGUAUGACCAACUCAUGCGCAAACUCCAGGUUUGGUUGUAACUGUGACAAGAAUGACUUUGUAUGGCGUGAAGACAGCGGUCUGCUGACUGACAAGACAAAGCUUCCUGUCAAACAACUCAGGUUUGGAGAUACUGGUGGCAGCAAUCAAGGUUAUCACACACUGGGGAAACUGAAGUGUUACGGAACAGCAUGA